CCCGCCCACGGCUUCCAUUUCUGUUCUGGAACACACGAGCCCUCGCGAAGAAUACACAUUUGCUUUUCUGAAUUUGUCUUCUAAUGUAAAUAGAGUAGUAAGUGCGACAUAUUGACUAAGUGAACCCUAUUUAUAUUUGGAUAAAUAGUGUUGGGGUUUUUGUUUUUCGCUGAAGGACACGUUUGAGCUCCAGAAGAAGCGAGGCGGGCUUUUAUUCCCCAUUUUAACUUUAGUGAGCGGCGUUUUCCGCCGUUUUUUUAUUCCCUCCCCUGCCCCUCUCUCUUGCUCCCCCCUGCGAGAGUCGCGGCCUGUAGUUUAGCCACGAGGCGCGUCGGACCACCGGGAAUCAGGAGAUGGCGGAGUUUGGUAACGGACUGGCAGAUGAGUCUCUGCUGGACUCAGACCCGGGUCACUCAGAACUUGAAGACCCAGGCGCCGGCGAUGAAGAACCUGGAUUAGACGAGGGAGAGGCCGCUAUUGAAGAUCCGGAGCUGGAGGCAAUUAAAGCCCGGGUGAGAGAGAUGGAGGAGGAGGCAGAGAAACUGAAGGAGCUACAGAACGAGGUGGAGAAACAGAUGAAUCUCAGUCCUCCACCUGCUGGCCCUGUCAUUAUGUCCAUUGAAGAGAAGAUGGAAGCCGAUGGGAGAUCUAUUUACGUUGGAAAUGUGGAUUAUGGUGCGACGGCAGAAGAGUUGGAGGCGCACUUCCACGGAUGUGGGUCCGUAAACAGAGUCACCAUCUUGUGUGACAAGUUUACAGGACACCCCAAAGGGUUUGCAUAUAUAGAGUUUGCAGACAAGGAGUCUGUUAGGACAGCCAUGGCACUGGAUGAGUCCUUAUUCAGAGGAAGGCAGAUUAAGGUUGGGGCCAAGAGAACAAAUCGUCCUGGCAUCAGCACCACAGACCGCGGUUUCCCUCGGGCCCGCUUCCGCUCACGGGGAGGAAACUUCUCGUCCCGGGCGCGCUACUACAGUGGCUACACACCUCCCAGAGGCAGAGGACGGGCCUUCAGGGGCCGAGGGCGAACAACAUCGUGGUACUCCCCUUACUAAUACCUCCCUACCCCCCUAUGAAAUCCCCCUUACUAUCAUCCCGUAUCCCUAUAGAAAAGAAAAAAGACCCCUCUCAAUAAAGGAAGAAAAAAAGAAGAAAAAAAAAGACAAAAAAGGAAAAAAAAAAAGAAAAAAAAAAAAAAAAGAGCAUCUCCUGGAAAGACAGACUGACUGGCCGCAGUGUGCGAUUGUGUGUGCGCGUGGGUGUGAGGAGGUGUUGCGAUCGCCCUGGUAAGGUACAAUAUGGCCGUCGGGGAGAUUUGGUGGCAUUUGUUUAAAUUUGAGAAGAUGAUGAUGUAAUCUCAGGCUGCAGAUGUGUCCUUUUGUCUGGCUGUGAUUUUUCUCUCACCAAACAGCCCCUCUUAUGUUUGCAUUCAAGAAAGGCAAACAGAAAAAAAAAUGUUAACUUUUUUUUUUUUUUUUAAUUAUUGUACCGUGAAUAUGUGAACAAUUUAAUAGCAAGAAUGUUGUUGUUUUCACAAAGUUGUGCUAUUUGAGAUCAUAUUCUCUAUUAUUUGUCUGUGCUCUCUGGAAUCCCUUUUCCCCCCAGCGCUGUUUUCUUUCCUGUUCAUCCCUCACUCGGAUUACCUCCUCCACCUGUGUUAUUCCGACAAUGGUUUAGAGUUCGGCGUUGUUUUUUUACGUUUUACUGUUCUUGAACCAUCUUCCACACCAUACGACUAUUGUAAGAUGGCAUGGCCUGAGCUCUGAGAUCUUUUCUUUUGUGUUUUUAAGAAUUCUUUUUUUUUUU